AUGGACGCCCAGGAAAUGGAUACUAUGGAGGAGCCUCCGACAUUGGAUGAGAUUUACGACGCUAUCUCCGUGAUAAACAACAAAGGAAGUAGCACUAAUAAGUUGCAGGCUGCUUCGCAAUUGCUCGAAAAUGUGCAGAAAUCGAAUUUCGCUUGGAAGGUCGCCGAAGAGUUGAUAUCACGAAAAAUCAACCACGGUUCGUGUUUCUUUGCGGCGCAAACGAUCCAAUCAAAACUGAUAAACGAAACUAACGAGAUACCGCCAGAGUCUCUUAAAGCGGUACGAAGUUCUCUUUAUGGUUAUCUAGCAACGCUCGACGUCAACAACGACGAUGACCGCGUAAUUUCGAUCCAACUAUGCGUCGCGUUGGCUCGUGUCAUUAUCGAAUUGGGAUCGUGGUCGACCGCGACCGCCGAAGUCGUAUCGAGAUACGAAACAAUGACCACGGUAUUCCUUGUCGAGUUGCUGUCCGUGUUGUCCGAAGAAGUGCAUACCCGGAGCAUGCGCAUAGCAGUCCACCGGUGCAUGCCGCUAUACACGGAAUUCGUUCGGAACGUGCCGAUCGUCAACGAAUUUCUGGAAAUGUGUCUCAAGACCGAGCCCAACGACGAACGGUUGAAAAAGGUUUCUUACAAAUGUUUCGCAAACUGGUUGAACAUCGAUUGCGUGUACUCGUCGACGGUGUGGAACAGCGCCGUACUGGUCGAGGUGUUCAACAUGUUGUACACCAACAAUUGUUCGCUCGAGAUCCACGGAAUUGCCGCCGACACGGUAAUCGCAUUUAUCAGUACGCUGACCUACAACUUCCACGAUCAAGCGGAAUUGCAUGUCGAAGUUUUGUCUUCGAUUAAAAAAUUCGAGAAAGCGUACGCGGAGUGUGUGACCAACGACGAUACGGAAAGAUGCAAAAACUACAGUAGAAUCUUUACGGAUUUGGCCGAAGUGUUGAACGUCACGGCGAUACUGAAAACCAUCGAAGACAAUUUCGAACCACAUUACGCAAUCAAAACGUUCGACUCAGUACUCUUGUGUUCAAACAGCGAUAAAUUCGAGGUCGCACAAGUAACUUUCCACGUUUGGUCAAUAUUGGCCGAAGAGUUGAACCUCAGACGCCACCCUCAGUUAACCGAAUUGUACAAACAUUAUUUCGAUAACUUGCUCCCUGCGCUGUACAAGCAUUGCGUGAUCGACAUCCAGACAGUGAAUCUGUCGGAGGACAAAGACGACGAUAUCGCCGAAAUUAGAAAGGCGUGUUCGAGCGUGAUCAAAGACAUAAGCGUUGUCGGCAGUACGUCGUAUGUGUUCAAUGAAAUGUACCGAAAAUUGCAAAUGGAAACGACCACCGACGAAGCGUGGAACCAAAAGGAAGCUGCGCUGUUCGUCAUGCAGGCUGCAGCCAAAAAUUUAUCACCAUACGAAAAUGACGUGAUGCCCAAAGUGGUCCAGGCUAUAAUAAACAUGCCGGACACGGUUCACAUAAACAUAAGGUACACGUCGGUGAGGCUUUUGGGAGAACUCGGCAAUUGGAUCGCGCACGGACCUCAGACCAGAUAUUUGGAGCCGGUAUUGAAUUACCUACGGUACAGCAUACAACAAGAAAGUCUGGCCACUGUAAUUGCCCAAACUAUGCACAACAUAUGCGACAGUUGUCGUCUGCCCAUGGUGCGCUACAUCAACGGUGUCGUUGAAAUGUUGGGCAUAGUGGACGGCUUGGGUUUGUCGAACGACGUAUCGAUUGGACUGUUGAAAGGCUUGGCUUAUGUUGUUUCCGAAAUACCCGAUGCGCAUCGUUACAAUUCAGUGAAAACCCUAUGCUGGAGACAACUCAGUCCAUUGCUAGCUUUGGCCGAGGAGGUUGACCCGCCGGCAAACCCUGUUGCCAACACUCCGGCCGAUCCUGUUUUUUGGAUCCAGAGACUUUUGGCCGUUUUGAGAUGCUUGCACGUCAAGAGGCACCGCAAUAACGAUCCAUGCGUAGUCGCUGUUGUGGAGGUUAUGUGGCCGUUCGUGUCGAACAUAUCCGAAAGAUACAAAACCAAGGCUCGGAUAACGGAAUACAUUUGUCGCUGUAUUAAGCGCAUGACCGGAUUGUUGUCCAAUUUGCACAAGGAACACAUGCACGUUUGUUAUUUGUACAUUGCGUCGAAUUUGGUGGAGGAUUACGCCGAGUCGUUCCAAAACGAGGUGCUGGAGGCAGAGUGCCAUUUGAUUCUGUUGAAAAUGAUCAAUUCGUUUCACGAACCGGCAAUCCAGUUGAUGAGACAAGAGGGCGGUCUGCAAAAUCACCCGGACUUUAUCGUCGGGUUUUUCCGGAUGGCCAACAGGGUCGUCGGCAAGCUUCCCCAAGCGUUUUUGCGGUCGGCCGAACUGGAAAUCGUCGUCAAAUGUGGUGUGGCGACGUUGUCGGUCCAUCACAAAUACGCCAACACCGCGGUAGUCAAAUUCUUGGUAGACUUGUUCGCCGCCGGCAAUCCCAGACGAGUAGACAUCGAGCUGGACGUAGCGGCCAGGAACAACAUAAUGGCAAUGUUCUACGCGGUCGGCGAACAGUUGAUAGAAGGCUUAUUGAAUAUGGCCCUGUACAACCCACACGAACGCCUUUUGCCGGAAUUAAUGGAAAUCAUCAUGGAGCUUUUUUGCUACGAUGGUGAAAAAGCAAUGGAUUGGCUUAGUAACGCCGUGGUAAAUUUACCGGAAACACUUCCGGACGGUCGCCCGACGGCCGACGCCGAACAACGUUUGACUUUUUUGACUAUCGUCUACAAACAUGAACAUCAGAUAUUCAUGUGCCACGCAUUGCGAGCAUUCCGCGAUUGUUUCCAGUAA